CCGCUUCCUUCCAAGACCGGACGUCCACCAUGUCGAGCCAGGCGCUGCGGCAGCGUCGUCCAGAGGCCACAGAUUCGAAAGUAAAGAAACCUGAUCAAAAACCCCUUCUCCAUGACCAAGUUCGAAGGGGCCGACGGGCGCCAUGGGCUCCCAGCUUUUCUCUAGCAGUUAGGAUUCUAUUCUUAAUCCGUGUUUCCGGGGCAAUGUAUUCGAACAUCGACGAUUGCGACGAAGUAUACAACUUUUGGGAGCCAUUACAUCUCUUCGCACACGGCUACGGUUUUGAAACAUGGGAACUCUCCCCCGCCUUUGCUCUGAGGAGCUGGGCAUACGUGAUCCUUCACUAUCUGCCUUCUCGUAUUGGGUUGAUUGUCGCUGGUGGUGACAAGCGAGCUUCUUUAUUCGCCGUCCGCAUAUUCCUAGCUGCCGUCUCCACAUUGGCGGAAGCAGCCUUUUACCGCGCUGUUGUCGAGAAGGUGCACGUCAUGGUUGGCCGGUAUCUUUUCUUGAUGCUGGCGUUCAGUGCCGGGAUGUGGAAAGCGUCUACUGCUCUUCUCCCGUCCUCCUUCGCCAUGUACGCAACCACUGUUGCCUACGCUUAUGCCAUUGAACCGUCCAGCCUCACAAACGGCCGAAAAGCCCUCGUGGCCACCCUGGCCUUCGCCACAGGCGCUAUUGUCGGCUGGCCGUUUGCCCUUGCUUUGGCAUUUCCUUUCGUGUUUGAGGAACUAUUCGUCUUCGGAAACGACCGUGUCACUGCCGAAGCCAAGCAAGCAUGGCUCCUGGCUCGAUGGAAGCGCAUGAUCCUUGCUGUUUCAGCCGCCGCCCUGAUCUUUAUUCCUGUUGUGGCCAUUGACAGCAUUGCCUACGGGAAGGUUGCCGUCGUUCCCUGGAACAUCAUUCGAUACAACAUAUUUGGCGGUGCGGAACGAGGUCCUGAACUGUAUGGUACAGAGCCGUGGACGUACUAUAUCAGCAACCUUGUCCUUAACUUCAAUCUCUUGACCCCAAUGGCCUUGCUAUCUCUACCGGCGCUCGGUGUCACCUACCUCUACGACAGAAGACGCCUCGGGUAUUCAAAUCCCAGACCCGACGAAACUUCCCCAUUCACCAUCACCGGAUUGCGCCUAGCGCCGUUUUACCUGUGGAUAGGUAUCCUUACUUUGCAGCCCCACAAGGAAGAGCGCUUCAUGUUCCCGGCAUACCCUCUCCUCUGCUUCAAUGCAGCUCUUUGCAUUUACUUGGUCCGCGGGUGGCUCGAAACUCUCUAUAUCAAAGUAACCAAAUCCCAGUACCAGGCGUCAAAGACAGUGAUCUUCUCCAAUUUCACCUUCUCCAUCCUGGUCGGCUUUGUCGUCAUUUCCGGCUCCCGCAUUUGUGCGGAGUAUCAGUACUACCAUGCACCCAUAUCCGUCGCUUUCAACUUCCAGACUCAAGAACUUCCCCGCCUGCUGAACGUUACAGGCUUACUCGAUGACCAACGAUACUCCCAGCUUUCUGAAGAAGAGCAGCCGCGCAUCGACCUGGGCCCUAUUCGCCAAUUUAACCUUACCCUUUGUUACGGCAAGGAGUGGCAUCGUUUCCCUGGAAAUUUCUUAGUUCCGACGGGUAUCAACGUGGAGUUCAUCAAAAGCGAGUUCAGUGGUCUUCUACCGACACACUUUGCUCCCAGCCCUAUUAGCUCGGCCAAGGGUGGUUUAUGGCCAUGGCCCCAGACCCAUGUUGCCCCAGCUGGCCUCAACGACUUGAACAUCGAAGAACCAUCUUAUUAUGUCGACGUUCAGCAGUGCGAUUACCUAGUUGACCUGGACUUCCCCAAGCACCCCGUGUCAUCGCCGCUCGAACCCCGCUACGCUAUUCAAAGCGAAGUCUGGGAGCGAGUUUACUGUGAGCCGUUCCUUGAUGCUCGACAUUCCAUGAAGCUCUCCAGAAUUCUCUGGUUCCCGGGUAAGGUGUGGCAGAUGUAUAACGAGUUUGGUGAUUAUUGCAUCCUCAAGAACAAGGACCUCGUCCGAUCAAAAGAACUUCGAGUAAUCCAGCACUUGAAGCACCAAUAA